AUGGAUGAUAUUAAACUAGAUUCAUGGAAAAAUGAGUUGGCACGCAUUAAGUAUACUCUUAAAACCACAGAAUCAUAUCCACUAACAUUGCAUAAUGGCUUGCAGCUCGAGCAUCAAAUGGUCCAUCCUUUCCCUGUUCGAUGUAUAACAUACGCAAGCGCUAAAACAGGACAGCAAUUUAUUUCUCAUCUGGGGAGUGGAUCUAAUACUCAGAUUAACAUUUGGACGAUAGCAAAUGCAGGAUUUACAAAAAAGUUUCAAAGAAUUAAAAUACAAUCAAUAACUAUCAAUCAUCUUACUUAUGUUGCCAAGCAUAGAGUUUUUGUUGGAUUUUGCCAGGAUUUAUAUCUUCGUGUAUUCUCUAGCGUAUUUGAUGAAUUAUCUCGAGCCUUAUGUCCAACCACAGUUUUAAGUGUAUUUUAUAAUGAACCUACAGAUGAAAUCUUUACAUGUGGAGUCGGUUUUAUUUCUAUAUGGAAAUUCGGAAAUAAGAUAAAUGAUCCAUUAGAGCCAGGGCGCAACAUUCCGACGACCGUUACACCAGAUAAGUGGGUAACUGGAUUUGAAGUUUAUCCUAAUGCCGAAAAAUUAUUAGCAAUCAGUGGCGAUGGAAUUUUCGUACUGGAUUACUAUGUCUGGAAUUUAAUGGUUUACAGCUUAAUUCAUACCUUCCAUGGUCAUUUACAAAGUGUAACCGGAUUAAUUGUGCAUCCUCAUGAGCCAUUGUUGUUAUCUAGCUCGACAGAUCAUACUCUGAGAACAUGGAGACUAGAUACAUUUGAAGAAACAUGUCGAAUUAAUGUCGGAGACGCUAUACUUGGCAUGAAAUUGUUAAAUAACCAUCAACUAUUUUAUCAUUCGAAAGAUACUAUUAAAGUGUGGAAUUUAAAUCAUCGUAUUUGCGGUAAUUCAUUCUCAUGUGAUAAGAAUGUCUUGCGUUAUGACAAAGUAACCACAGUUGCUGUAAUGCAAACGGACGAUGCCAUAGAAGUCGAAUACUUAGAAGAUAAUAAAGUGCCAUCGCUAUCGCUCCUCUUUGCUGGUCUCUACAAUGGCGAAAUAUCAUUACUCCAUGGUUCAAAUACUAGAAUGGAAAAUAUUGCAGCUCAUGGAGGAGCUAUAAUACGAUUAACAGUAUCUGAGCGCAACAUCAAUAGCACAGGAAUUGGUCGUUAUUGUAGACUUGUAUCACUAGGAAAUGAUAGAAUUGUUAGAAUAUGGAGAGUUAAUGUUAUCCAUCCCGAAACAAUCUAUCUAAGUGGCUUACGAAGUGUCACGUUGGAUGGUGUACCUACAAAUGUCUGCAUGAUGGAUAAUGCUCUUUGUGUAUCGAUGAGAGACUAUUCUACUGUCAUAUACCAACUCCAUGAAACCAAAGGUGGUGAAUAUAUUCAUCAACUUAGUAGCCCUGAUCAUACGAAAGAUAAUGCCAGUGAUGCAGAUAAUAAAUUAAAAAAUCGCGCUCUAUCCCUUAAUACCUCGAAAUCGGUUGGAUUGGAAGCACCUAGCUCGGAGAAUCGAUCAAUAACUGCCAUGACGACUAGAACAUUUGAAACUAUUGAAGAAGUAGAAAGUAGCGAUAGUUUGCUCAAUCUUUCACGCGAACGACAUGCAACCGUACUAACCCAAGCAAGUAGCCAUUGGUCAUAUACCGACGCAUAUACGGUGAUAGACAUAAGUUGCUGUUCCGCUCUGCAAUUAUUUGUUACAUCUGCAAGAGAUGGUUCGGUCAAGGUAUGGGACACUGAAAACGGUCUAGUAAGGGAGAUGGUAUUUGAUGAUAGCAUUCGUGGAGUUACUUUUAUGAAUAAACGAGGUGAUAUACUUAUCGGUUUCCAAAAGCACAUCAGUAUGAUUCCUGUGCAUAAUUACUUGCCGCCACAAUAUCUGGAAAAGUUAAUAGAAAUGGAUUUUGAGGAUGAACCAAUUGAGGAACCAGCACCAUUUAAUACUGAAGCUCAAUUCUGGUACAAGAAAGAUAGUAUACCAACAUUGCCUGUACCAUUGGAAUGGCGUCUUCAAGAUCAUCCUAAUUAUGAUCUAAGAGCUAUUCGUAUAGCCAAUAUGUCGAUGAAUAAGACGGAAGCCUUCCAUCCAACGUUAUUGUCUAGAUUAUACUAUGGUCUUAGCAACACAGAAUUUAUAUCAAAAGAUGAUAUAGAACGAGGCGAAAAAGCCAUACGAAUUUUCCUGAAGCAAGGCGUUCUUAUUAAGAAGCGACUAAAAGACAAAUUGCAUUCGCUAGCUAGACGAGCAAGAGCACGAACAUUAGUGCUCAAGGAAGAGUCGGAGCCUGCUCAAGUUACUGAUCUUAUUUCCAAGAAAUCUGAAGGAAAUAGUCGAAAAACAAGCUUAACCAAUGCUUCUAAUGAUUUAGUAACAGGCAAUAAUGUUGACGAUAGUGAUAUUCUUUCGCAAAAUAUUUAUAAAGAUGAAAUGGAGGAGUCUGAAGUUAAGAAACUUGAUGCUAUGGUAGAUGGAAUGAUUACUGAAAUUGCAUCCGUUGUGUUCGAUGAUAAUUUCUCCUUACUUUAUCAUGACGGAUAUGUUCCUAAUUCAGUUGCGCGAAAACUUUUGGAAGAUUUCAUGCCCGACCUUCAUAGCGUCGUCGUUCUGCCACCAGCUCAGAAAAAGAAAGACCCAUCGAUGGAGUUUGAAGUCUUACCCGAAGAAAACGAUGAGGAAGAUCGCGUGUUCAUUUGGAGCGAUAGCAACUCAGAAAAAGAAAGCAAAGAAACAGAUACGUCCAAAGAAAAGCUAGUAGACAAUCGCACUCGCACGUAUACAUUUGAUUUCUCUGGCAAAAGAAUUAAAAAACCUUUUAAAAAGAAAAAGAAGGAGGAAUCCAAAGAUUCUAAUGCAGCUCAAGAGACUGUAGCCAAAUCCAAACCACGUAAAGGGGUUAGAAUUCGAUUUCAAAAACAGUCUUUGCCACCUCCGACGGAAAAGAAGUCAGUUAAAGUGGCAAAAGACAAUCUAGCUGAUUUAGUUUACGAAGGCGAUAGAUCACUAGAAGAUGUCUUGAAAAGAUUAGCUAAAUUGGGUUUCAUGCCAAGAGGAAUCUCUCAAACUAAAGAUUCAAUUCUAAAAGUAUUCUUGAUGAUGAUUGAUCAUUGUACGACGGUGGUACACCAGGAAAUAUGCGCUGGCAUAAUAUCCAUCAAUAAAUUUAAUGGCUUAGAUGAAAAUGAUAUUGAUACUGUGGUCAAAAAGUUAAUCGAACAGUUAAAUCACCCAUUGCCACAAGUGCGAUUGAACGCUACUCAAGCAUUAUCUACGAUGGGUAUCAAAAAUAAAAGUAUUAUGGUUGCCAUGCUGCCUCGACUUGUCGACAGUCAGGCAAGUAUUCGUGACGAAGCCAAAGUUUUAUUAGAGAUUUCCUCUUUCAUCACCAAUAGGGAAGAUUUGAUUAAAUUAAUGGAAGAAUUAGGAGCUUUAAAAACAGUAGAGCAAGUUGAUGAGGCGGAGUUAAUAGCCGAUAUUGCGGAUAGACAGGUUAAAGGAGAAGACAUGGAAAAUACGGAUCGAAUGUCAGCUUGGCUUGCUGAUGUGCCUUCAGAAGAGAAAGAUGUGAUAGAUGAUUUUCUUGAAGGUGCAGAAGUCCCAGCGGAAGAGGAAAACGCGGUAAGCCAAGAAGAACUAGGUUUAUCGGAAGAAAAAUCCGAUACCAUGGUCCCUUCAACUACAGAAAAGGAUGUAAUUCAUACAAAUGAUGAAGUAAGUGAUAAUAUGGAAGAAAAAGGAGAGCAAGAGAUUGAUUUUGAUGAGCAGGAAGCGGACGAUAAUAAAGUCAGCGAUCAUUUAGAUGAGAACGAGGCAGAAGAUGCAGCAUCAGCCGGUACUAAAUCAAUGUGGAAGUCAAGAAAGCAAAAAAUUAUUGGUGCUACUAGGAUGCGCUAUAACCUCUUAAUUCAUCGUUCCAAGACCAAACUGGAAAAAAAUAACGAUGAGAAGGAUAAUGAAAAAGUUGCUAACCAGUCUGAUAUAACGUUUAAAAAGCUAAAAAAGUUAAAUCGCAAUGCUGGAGGCGGCUUAAGUGAUCAUUCUACGGAUGGAAGUAGAUCCAAACAAGCUAGUGAUCAUAGAGGCGAUAGCAUUAAGUCUUCUAAUACGGAUGAAAAUGACAAAAUGGACGAUAAAUCUCAUUAUAGGCGCCAUCGACAUCGACAUAAAAAACGCGGUAAUACAGUAAGAAUUGAUACAGAAGAUUUAGGUCAAGGUGAUGAAGCCAGUAGUCAAACUGCGAAUCAAGAUUUAUCUACAAAAGCUAAGCAGCGUCGAAAUCGAGAACGAGUUAGAAGACAUCGUAAUAGGAAACAAGAGAUCGAAGUUAUUAGUACAAACGAAAUGGCAAACAUUAUUCCUAAGGUUAAUGGAAUCGAUAGUGAAUUCUCAAGUGACGAUCUCAAGGAUGACGAUUUUAAAGAUAGCCAAAGUUCCGAUGAUGGAGUUUAUGUUCGAGUUGAUUCAGGCAAAAGGAAACAGAAGAGCAAGAAACACCCUGAUGUCUAUUUACCUUCUAUUGCUAAGGCUAGAUCCAAUACUUACCAUCCAAUUUAUCGUAGCUCUAGCCGAAUUGAUGUAGAAGAUAGGGAUAAAUUCUUAAAAAGUAGAGAUAAACAGGUUCUUACCAGUGGAAAUGAAGAACAAACACCAACACUUCCUUCAUUAACGGCUGAUGAUAGGGCACGGCAAUCUGAUGCUUCAAGUAUAAGACGUAGUAGAUCUUCUAGAGCUAGUAGUAAAGAUUAUAAUUCAAUGUCAGACACACAGCCACAUCCGUUAGAUCAACGUAUUAAACAGCCAUUAAAGAAGCUUGAUAGCGAUGGUAGUCAUGAUGAAAGUAAAUUGAAAGAUCAAACCAUUAAGGGAGAUAUUACACUGCCAGAAGUAGAUAGCUCUUCUGAUCAUAGUUCAGCCAUUCAUAAAAGCCAGAAAGGUUCUAAAUUAACCAGCGACAAAAACGAAAGUCCAGAUCGAAAGUCGCAAGUUAGUCGAGCAUUAGAAUUGUUAAAAAGUAUUGAUGAAGACAUUGUACAAAUUAGGCAGCAGUUAAAAGAAGAACGAGAUGAAAUCAAAUCUGCAUCCAGGUCUUCUCCGAGGCACAGCCGAAAGAAACAUGUGCAGGAUAAAAAGACUGAUUCUAUUUUAUCAUCAUUUAAUGCUGGCUUAGCUUUCAUUAAAAGUUUAAAUGCUAAAACUGGCGAUCAUCGCGGAAGAGAAGUUUAUUCGGCACCAACAACAGAAAAAGAAGAAAAAAGUAUUAUACUGCGGAAAAGUGAUAAAUUUCGAGUCGAUUAUACUAAACUUUACGCUAAUAAAUUUAUACAUGACGAUAGAGCUAAAUUAACUACAGCUGUCUCCGAUGCGAGUUCAGGAAUUCGAUUAAAAAUGACCAAAGGGUCAAAAGGACAGCGACUUACAAAAAUGGUGGUUGUAGAUGCUAUGAAUGAUAGUAAUAACAGCAAAUCGUAUGAUCACCUGAAAAAUUUGAAAGAAGACGAAAAAUACUUUAUUGAACCUUUACCUCAUAAGCUAGGCAUUCAUACUCCAAUAAGGAGUAAAGGAAAUAUUCGCUUUGGUAUCAUGAAUAUGAUCUGGACAACAGAAGCACCUGAAUUAAAAUUACAAACCGAUACUCGUAUUCAGCUGGAUGAAAAUGCGGAAAGAUUAAUUCCAUUUGAUGAAGAUGAUAACGAAAUUAAAGCAAGGAAUGAAAUUGCUACAAAGCGACAUCAUUACGACGCGCUAUUGCAGCAAAUGAGAUUCCCAUCGUCUUUAGAGGUUAUUAAUAGAUCGAUAUCAGCGCCUGUGACCGAGUUAGACCAUAAAAAAGCCCAAGGUGAUGGCAAAGAAACAGUAGAAUUAAUUAAUCAACUACUUCAAUCCACAAAUUAUCUUUUAAUACAACCACCAAACGACUAUUUAGCUAAAGCAAAUUUUAAAUCCGAUUAUCAUAAUAAAUCCGAUAACCAAGCAUCAGUUCAAAAUAAUCCUAGCAAUAAUCACCGACAUCAAAUUCCAGCUCAUGAUGUUCAUACACAGCCCAUUCCACAAUCGAAAAUGGAGGUUAAUGAUGAAGAUGGUGAUACUAAGUUAAAAAAUUCGACUCUAUUGUAUUUAGCAAACCAUCAGGCCGAUAUUAAGAACAGUGAGGGUCACAAAUUGUCCAAUCUCAACAUAUUACCUAGUAUAGCUUCAUAA